GCCUGUGUUUAGCUUCACUAUGGUGGGCAAGACAUUUACAUAUCUCUUAGGUAGCGAUGCUGCUUCUCUGCUGUUCAACAGUAAAAAUGAAGACCUGAAUGCAGAGGAUGUAUACUCUCGCCUAACCACACCUGUCUUUGGCAAGGGAGUUGCUUAUGAUGUGCCUAAUCCGGUGUUUUUGGAGCAGAAGAAAAUGCUAAAAACGGGGCUGAAUAUAGCACAGUUUAAACAACAUGUACCUGUGAUCGAAAAAGAAACAAAGGACUACUUUAAUUCCUGGGGACAGAGUGGCAAAAGAAACUUAUUUGAAGCACUUUCAGAGCUCAUUAUUUUGACAGCAAGUCAUUGCUUACAUGGGAAAGAAAUCAGAAGCCUACUCAAUGAGAAGGUGGCACAACUGUAUGCUGAUUUGGACGGGGGAUUUACUCAUGCUGCUUGGCUCUUGCCAGGGUGGCUACCACUGCCAAGUUUCAGACGUAGAGACCGAGCACACAGAGAGAUAAAGAACAUUUUCUAUAAGGUUAUCCAGAAACGGCGCCAGUCAGGAGAAAGGGAGGAUGAUAUGCUUCAAACGCUGCUGGAUGUUCGAUAUAAGGAUGGCCAUCCUCUGACAGACGACGAAAUUGCUGGAAUGCUUAUUGGGUUACUGUUAGCUGGUCAGCAUACAUCCUCAACCACCAGUGCUUGGCUUGGCUUCUUUUUAGCUAGAGACAAAUCAAUACAGGAGCAGUGUUAUGUGGAACAGAAAGCAGUUUGUGGAGAUGACUUGCCACCAUUAAGUUACGAUCAGCUGAAGGAUCUGAACUUGCUGGACCGUUGUCUAAAAGAAACUUUAAGGCUUAGACCUCCUAUAAUGACGAUGAUGAGAAUGGCAAGGACUCCUCAGACUGUUGCUGGUUAUACUAUUCCUCCUGGUCACCAGGUCUGUGUAUCUCCUACUGUUAAUCAUAGACUUAAGGAUUCUUGGGUAGAAGCUUUAGAGUUCAAACCUGAUCGUUAUCUCCAGGAUAAUCCAGCAGCUGGAGAGAAGUUUUCAUAUGUGCCAUUUGGUGCAGGUCGUCAUCGUUGUAUUGGAGAAAAUUUUGCAUAUGUUCAGAUUAAGACCAUUUGGUCUACUUUGCUUCGUUUAUAUGAAUUUGAUCUCAUCGAUGGAUAUUUUCCUACUAUAAAUUAUACAACUAUGAUUCACACACCUAAUCAUCCAGUUAUCCGAUAUAAGAGACGGUCGUGCUGAGUUUGUGAUACAGAAAUAUUUAUAUCUAAAUGGCAAAAAUUGUUGUUUUGAAUAAAAGUUAUGACAAAAUUAAGUGGUUCAGAGAAAAUAUACUAUCCCAUUGGACAUGUAGUAUAAUGGAAAUGAGAUAAACCUAACUACAAAAUAUGGAACCAUUUAGUACUUUGUACAUUCUACAAUAACAAGAUUUUUAUUAGAAAAGGCAGCAUUUUAUACUUGUGUAAUAAUUUUUAGGCAGAUACCAAAUAAUUAUUAGAAUUGAAUUAGUUUCAAGUAAUCACAGGUGAGGAAAUAAAAGGUUUAAAUCUUAAUUUCUAAUGACUUUUUAAAAACCUACCAUGUUUGAGCUAAACCAGGGAGCAAGUUUGUGCACUUGUGGACACUUGGUGCUUCUGUGCAGUUUGAGAUUCUGUUACCUCAGUGUGGAUGUGUAAGCAUACAUGUGUAUCCUGAACAUGCAUAGUAAACUAUACAUGGCUGUGCAGGUAUGUGGCUUAUGUAAACAUGCCUGUUGUGGACCCCAAAGUCACAAAAUUAUAGCCAGACCAAAAAACACUGACUGGGAGCAAGGGAGAGGAGGAAAGACAAUGACCCUUCCAUGUUUUAGUGCUAAUAGCUAACUGGUGAGAGCAGAAAGGAAGGAGGAAACCUGAGUUGUAAAUCCCCCUUCACCCAGAGAAUUUUGAGGCUGCAUAUUCCUGAUUGCUACAUCACAGGUUAAGCAUUGUCCAGUUUCCUCUUCAGCACUCCUUUUGAAGCAGAGCCACACAACACCUUGAAUUUGAUACUUUUUGGAUUAAAUGGAUGGAGUGAAAUAGAUAAAGCUUUCUGUUUCCUGGAAGUAAGGGUCUAAGCUAGAGCUCAGGACUCUUUAUGUGGCUGGAAAAAUGCCAUUUAGCUACACAAAUGAAAAUUCCUCCCAAGUGAUUUAGAUACCUAUUUUGAGGCAGUUAAGAGACAUUUUCAAAAAACUAGGCAAACAUUUAAAUAGAUCCAUUAAGUUGUCAGGUUGGGCACCCAGAAUAGGUUAGUCACUCUUUGAAGUAUUAGUGUAGGUAUAAUAAGUAGCAGAACUUCACAAUUUUGUGAAUGAAUAAAUAGUAAGCAGAGUAAGGCAGUUGUCAGAAAAAUAUGCUUGUGUCCAUGUAAUUUUAAAUGUGUUCUUUGUCUACAAGAAGCUGAAUGAAAUAGCUAAAUAUUGUGCUACUACCGAUUAUUUUUCACCAGUAUUGUUAAUUGUACAUUUUUAAAGUGGAGUGGUGAUAAUGGAUGGAAAGUAGCUCUGACAUGCAAAAAAAUUUCAUUAAAAUUUAUGAUUUUUUUUGGUGAAAAGUUGUUCUUUUCUGCGCUCAGAGCUGUGUAUGUAGUGUCAACCACUUAUUCUUGAAAGACUUUAAAACAUUAUUUGAGUUUUUCAUUUUGUUUUAAUUUUUUACUACUAAAGGAAUGAAUAACUAUGAACUUGGCAUUCAAAAGCAUCAAUAACAAGUUACUGCCCUUUGCUGAGAGCAUAAAACAGCCUUAUUAUUAAUGGUCAUUUCUUAUUUUAAACAUGGACUAAUAAAAAGCCUGAACAUGUAGAUCCUCACUGUAGGCAAUUCCUGUUGUAGGAGGCCCUGCUAACAAAUCGUUUCUAUGGUUGUACAAGAGAAAUCAAAGCAAUUAAAAAUUACAGCAUCAUAAUGUAAUCAGUGAGAGCUGGGUUGGGUUGGACUCCUUUCCUAGUCAGUAGCUGUCAGGUUCUAGAGUAGAUUAUGCACUUUUUGGGGGGGUAAAGUUUGUAUUAAAUUGCAUGUUCUCUUAUGCAUACAUAUACAGCCAUGUCUCCAUCAGGUUCAACCCAUACUGAGGACCCUCCUAAGAGGAGGCAGAUGGUUCAUAGGUUAAAGCAUUUUCUGUCCCUUCAGCUGGGACUCCAUUGGCAAACUGUUCACCAGACAAAGCAGUUGAAAGAACCGAAAGCACUUCUCUAUAAACUUCUUUUAAAGAACCAUCUGUCACACUUUCACCCCAUGUAGAGCUGCACCAGUGCAAACUGGAAAUGGUGAAUGGCACAUAGUCACAUUCACCAUCAUAACACCUACAAAUCCCCCUUCUUCAUGAGAGUCUGUUGUAGUAGGAGGGACACUCUUCUGACUUGGAGAGCAACAGAAGAGGUUCCUCCACACCUUAAGGAAAGGGGUGCUAUAGCAGCUAUUUUCUGCUUUUAAAAAGAAAGUGAAUUGAAUUCAGCUUUUUAAGGUCCAAGAAAGGCCACAUUCCCUAAGUCAGUGUCAAAAUGGUUACCUUGGUAUGUAUCUUCUCAUCCUUGAGCUGGGGACUGCUUCAUAGCAGGAUGGUGGUGCAAGAUGGUUAUUUCCAUAUGGCUUUCUUACAGAUAAUGCCUUUGUUUCAUGACAGAUCAGGACCAAUAUUAACAUCAGCUCCUUUUCUUUGGCUUAUUCACAAGCCUGGGAAUCUUUACCCAAAUCCUUUUACUUGGGGCUGCAUGCCUCAGAAUAUCAAGUACAUGCAUCUCAAUACCUGGCUGAUAGAAGACCCUAUGGAAGAGCAUGUUAGAAAGUCUACCAACUACCUUGGCACUCUUCUACUGCUUAGUCCUGUGGUUCAGCAACCAGAAGUCCACUAUGACUCCAGCACAAACGUUGGCCUUCACUCUCACUUUUCUGAACAUAGUGUCAGUGCUGGCCUAUUCUGCUAGUAUAAUUCUGAGCCCUAAAAGAAUUUGUUUUUCCACAACAGAUGUGAAAGCAUGCCUCAAUGCUUAUCUAUACACCUUUGUCAAACCACAUGCCAGAUUUCAUCUCAGGGACAUGUAGGUCUGGCUUUGGACUCUAAUUUCCAGAGAGAGAGUUUCUGACCAUAAAGAUAACUAUCCUGGGUUCUACAUUCUCCAUAGGAUAGGAGAUGGACCAAGUAAUGUAGGUUUGGAUGUGGCUUUCCUUCCCUCUGCUGCAUCAGGGUUUAUGAUAAUGCAAGUGUAUAUUGGGUAUUUGCAAAUACAGGGCCCUCUGAACAGAGGAUGAGGAACAGGAUACUAAUUGCUGUGCUGACAAAAUACAGUGGGCAUAUUGUAUUCUUACUGGACAGAGAGAGAUGCCUUUGAAAAGAUGAGCUAGUCAUAUGACCUGACAUUCAAACUUAAUCUGUCCAGAGGUGCUAACAAACAGAAGAUCCAAUCCAAUUCCACUAGAGUUAAUGGGAGAUUUUUCAUAGACUUCAAUGAGAAUUCAAUUCAGCCCCAAUUAUGCAGCCAUUCAAGAAAAAAACAAUGGAAAGAACAGGACACAACAGGAUUGCUCCCCAGCUCUCACAGUGGCAUCAGUUAGAUCAGUGGUUCUCAACUCCCUUAGCACCCUUCAAUAUCUCUUCUGAAUUUAGAUUCUAGCUCAGUGAUUUAGAAAAGUUAUGGAGAGUGCCUUGAGGCUAAAAUGUGGAGACCCAUGGGUUUAUAUGAAAUUGAUUUCACUGAUGCAUAUUUUCCUACUAUAAAUUAUACAACCCUGCUUUACACACCUCAUAAAGUUAUCAGAUAUGAAACAGUUAUGCUAAAUUUGAGUUAGAACAACUGUUUUGAGUAAAUGGUGACAAAAUUAAGUGCUCCAUAAAAAAAGGAACUUCUUCAUUUGAUCAGUGUUAUGAAAAUGAGGGAAAUCUAGCCAUGACAUGUGAAACCACUACACCUACUAUAACUCCAUUCCUGAAUCAGUACUUUGUAGGACAUACAGUACAUUUACCGGGUUUUAUUUAUAAAAAUGCUGUCUUCUAUUUGUGUAGCAACUUUAACAUGGAUUCAGGCCUGACAGUUACCUAGCAUUCAACUCACCAGUCAAAUCCCAAGCAAGGAAAAAGCCAUUUUUCAAGUGUAAAUCUUAACUUCUAGAAUGAGCAUAUGUGUUAACCUACUUCCCUUCAACCACCUAAACUAAGGAGUGAGAUGCAAGUCUCCAUGUACAGUGGGACUAGAAUCUGUUCUGAUGGGAUCGUUGUAACAACCAGGGUUUGAAUUACAUUCUGACUCUUGUGGGGUGACGGUGGCGGCCAAUAGCUGAAGAAGCCACUACUGCUGCCGUCUGAGGUGCAGGGCAGGCUCUCAUCUGAUGGGGGAGCUCUUGUCUCUUAUGGGGAGCUCAGCCCCCCGAGCUCCCCUGGUAACAACUGAAAUUGGAAGGUUUGCUUUGUGUGUUUGUAGCCUGUCACAACUGCAGAAACGUACAUACUGUUUUAUGUAAUAAAUACAUUCUUAUUUUCAAGAAUGAACCUAGAAUUGCCAUGGAGUUUUAAUAAAAAUCAUAAUAUUUUCACAAGAGGGAUAGUAGAAUGUUUACAUCUUAUUGGUCAUCUGAAUACUGGAAAUGGACAAUGCACAAAGACUUUGAAAGAGUAACUGGGGACUUGAGGCAGUUUUCAGAGGUUUUGUAUUUUCAUUAAGUGGUACAGAACCAUUCCGUAAACAUUUAAGUCCAUUUAAAUUGUGUCGAGGUUACUUGGUCUCAUUUUAAAGUAAGCAAAUUAGUAUUAGAAUCUCACAAAUAGCUGAUUUCUGCAAAUUAGCAAAUAGUAAGUAGAGCAAGACAGUUCUCAGAUUCUUGGAAUGGAAAGGAAUGCUUUUUAAACAUGCUCACUUUCUCAGGCAAGCAUAUGAUGUAACAACUUUGCAUCACUAUGAAUUGUUUUUGCCCUCAGAACUUUUGUGUAUUUUGAAGUGGGGUGGUAGUAGAUAAAAAGUAGUUGCCUUGCAAAUAAUUUAUUUCAGUUUUUUGUGACAAUUGUCAGUGCUCAGAACUGUGUACAUGCAUAUAAAAAAACUGACUUUAACUCUCAUUGCUAAACAAAUGAAUA